UCCAUGCACGUGUCGAUCCUAGUUAAAACCCGAGCUUUGAGUUGAUGAGUUGUCACCAUCUUUUGAGAAUCAGUAAUUCUGUUAAGUUUUGAUUUCGUACAAAAUAAUUAUGCCAGUCGUUAUUGGAGACAUUUGUAAACAAGUGAAUUAUGUCUGUUUUCCAAUUUGAUUUUUAAUAUCCCCACAAAAUCACACCCCUGACUCGUUCAAGAAAUUCUGUUUUGUUUCCAUUAAUAUUUUCUUACACUCUCGUAGAAAUGAUUUCAACUGUUUACGAUUUUAAACAGCAUCCAUACUCAACACAACUCUUCAAAUAUUGCGCAGUCUGAUUUUAUUACUACCCGGAAGUUGUCAUAUUCACACUAAAUUGUAGAAUACAAAGAGAGAUAACUCGUGUUUUCGGACAGGCCUAUAUUUUAUUUUCAGGUGUCUGAUGUCACUAUCUAGAUAUGGUGCGUCCGUUCAACGUUUGAAUUACAUCACAGUACAAUUAUAUAUUAAAGCGGUGAAUUCAAAAAUAAGAGUGGAUUUCAUACAUGGAAUUUGGUGGGCUUAUCUCAACAUGUUCUAAUAUUCCAAGGUUUCGAUCUUCGGCCCGCCGAGUUUACACGUAGAUAGGAUCUUCAAAAAAUGAGAUGUCAAGAACAAAGUUCUCGUGUCACAAAUAACCCUCACGAAGUUAAUGAACAAAAGGUCUUCAUUGAAAAGAUGGAAAUAACGAACAGUGAUCAAUCUCACAAUUCCUAUAAAGAGCAAAAAAUUAAGAGUAGGACAAACACGAACUUCUGGACACACCAAAGGUUGGGAUCAAGUGCCUAUAGCUAGGAGGAGAAAGUAUUCCUUAUUGCGUGACCAGUAACGACCGCCGUAAGCCCCACACCUAUCUCCCUCUCUGCUGAAAGACUUUUACACAAUUACGCUUUUGUCAAUACUUUUGUGUGCACAUAUGACGAUUAUUCGGCACCGUACUAGAAUGUCAUUAAAAGAUAAGAUCCAUUAGAUAAGACGUGUUCCAAUUCGGUCGUUUUCUGAUCACUACGUCAUGAAGGGAUCUCUGUCUCUUGCUUUGUUAACGGUAUUUAUACUUCGACUGGCAGGAUCAGUGUCUGGAGGUAGUACCACUCCGCUACCGAACUUCACGGCCUACAAUAUAGCCCUACAGGCCCAAAAUCCGAACCAAGGAAAUGGAGAUUUUGUCGUCAAAUGCGUCAUCACCAACCCCGUACAGAUCAAACGAGUGGACUUGAUAGGUCUGCAGAAGAAAAACAGAACGAAAGGUAACGAGAUAGUGGUACUUUUUAUCACCAGAGGGGGCAACAUAACGUGGGAAAACCAGAAUCUAAAGAAACGCCCAGGCUUGACUGCUACUGGUGACGUCAGCAAUGUUGCGACUGCGUAUUUGCAGUUGACGAUCGCGCAUGAUCAGGUGCAGUGUGAGAAGGACUCGGACAAUUACGCCUGUUUCAUGGGCGGGAGACUGGCGUCUGAUGGCUCCCUCACCACGCAGUUCACAGGAGACUACCCCGUAAUUAUUCAUGAAGUUCCACCAACUCUGAUGAAUGGCCCUGUCAUUCGUUUACCCGGAAGUUCGGUGGCGACAGCAACCCGGAGGUUCACGGUAGGAAGUCUAAUACAGAUAGAAUGUACAGGAGAGAUCGGGAGCGAUCCGGAUAAACCCAAUCCGAGCAUUCGCUGGUGUUCCAAAUCGGCCGGAAGUACCCAGUUCACACCAAUGCCGAUCACUCCCUCUUUCAGCGCCACCCAGCGGAACGGAUGCAUGUACACCAAAACCAGCACCCUGGUUUACACAGUGACACCAAUUGACACGGAGACACAAUUCAUGUGCGAGUCAGGUUAUGGCAGCGCAUGCGAAAGCGGAAGUGCCAAAGGAUACGUAACUAUUUCUGUAGACAUUCCGAACAUACCCACACAAGCAAGACUAACCAGCACACAGGCUACAACGACAUCUGGCGGCGGUUUUUUCUGGCUUCCCGUUCAAACCACCAUGACGCCUCGGCCCCGACCCCAGACCCAGCGUCCGUCAUCCGGGGCCCUGGAAUGUGACACGUGUUCCGACUUCACCCGGUCUCAGUGCGACGGUAAUCUGGCGCCAUGUUCUAACGUGUGCAUGGCCAGGACCCAUAACGGUGCCCUCAUCACUAAGUGCACCACGGACGUAGAAUGUGAGUAUCAAAUAAUCAAGGACAUGAUCCAGCCCUCCUCUAAUACUCAAUGUUGUACUGACAAUGCCUGCUUCCAGAAGGCUCUUCUCAAGGGCAUACACGACAUCAAAGGAAUAGGAAGAAAAUAGAUCCUAUUGACUAUGUAUCUGUAGAUCAAGUUCAUCAUUUUAUCCGCCAAGUUGUUCUGCUAAUAAAUCCAUCCUCCAGAU